AUUCACUUGAGUUCCUAACCCCCGAUUCGCGGAUUUCUCUGCCUGUUCUCUCUCCUGACAUGGAUUGAUCUUUGAAUAAAACCUUUACUUCUCUCUCAAAACUAACAAACCUCCUUACCGUCUCUUUCUCGCUCUAGGGUUUCGAAGAGGAGUUUAACUGGCGACAACGUAGACCACCCGUGCCAUAAUUUUCCGGUGCAGGCGUUUUCAAGUUUUACUCGGUGCAACGGAAGAAGGUAUUUCGUUGUCUAUUGAUCGCGCGCGUCUCAGUUUCUCUGCGACACAAAGAAUCAGCUUCUCUAUUAGUUUGCAGGCAUGGUGUUUCCUCGUUUCGGUUAGAAUUUUUCUUUGAUUGCAUGGUAACAAGUUACAUAGUUUGUGCUGUUGCAAUACUGCUAGAAGAAAGAGCCUUACAAAACGUUAGAGAUUUUCAUGUUGGUAAAUGCUGUGUGGUGGAUGUUGAAUGGUUGUUACCAUGGACUUAAAUGUUUCACCUGUACCUGAAGAUGAUGAAGAGAAUUUUGAAGAGCACAUAGAAGAAUUCAGUGCUCCAGAAGAACGUUUUGAAACUGGUGUUGAAACUGCACGCCGGGAGCGUGAAGAAAGACGCAAGCGUUUGAGGACUGAACGUUCAGAUGACAGACCUGUUCCUGUGUCUCGGCAGCCAGUACAUGAACAAUGCUAUCCGGCCAAACACUAUAAAACUUAUGAUAAAUCUAAGCUCCCUCCUGGGUGGUUGGAUUGCCCUGCAUCUGGUCAGGAAAUCUUUGGUAUUGUUCCGUCCAAAGUUCCACUUGGUGAAGCCUAUAAUGACUGUAUUCCUCCUGGAAGAAGAUACUCUUUUAAACAAGUGAUUCAUCAGCAAAGAGUAUUAGGAAGGAAACUUGGUUUGGUGAUUGAUUUGACAAAUACUACCCGUUACUAUUCAACAAUAGAUUUGAAAAAAGAGGGUAUUAAAUAUGUUAAGAUUCAAUGUAAGGGGCGUGAUUCAGUACCUGAGAAUGCAUCUGUAAAUAAUUUUGUUUAUGAGGUUACACAAUUUCUUGCUCGUCAAAAAUCUAAGAAGCAUAUUCUCGUGCAUUGUACACAUGGGCACAAUCGCACAGGAUAUAUGAUUGUCCAUUAUAUAAUGCGCACAAUGCCGAAGUCUGUCACACAGGCAAUAAAAUUAUUUUCUGAUGCACGGCCUCCAGGAAUCUAUAAACCAGACUAUAUUAAGACCUUAUAUGAAUUUUAUCAUGAAACAAAGCCAGAAAUGGUUGUUUGUCCGCCAACCCCUGAGUGGAAGAGAUCUUCUGAUUUAGAUCUUAAUGGUGAAGCAGUGCCAGAUGAUGAUGAUGAUGGAGGUUCAGCUGCUCCUUUGCAUGACAAUCAUGAGGUGGAUGCCAUAAUGACAAAUGAUGAUGUUCUGGGAGAUGAAAUUCCUGUUGAUCAGUUGGAUGCUUUGCGACUGUUUUGCUACCAAACACUUAAGCUAAAUAUUCCUGUAAGAGGAAAUCCACAAUUCCCGGGGUCACAUCCAGUUUCUCUCAACAGGGACAAUCUACAGCUUUUAAGGCAGCGAUAUUAUUAUGCAACAUGGAAGGCUGAUGGAACAAGGUAUAUGAUGCUAAUUAUGAUGGAUGGCUGUUAUUUGAUCGAUAGGAGUUUUAAUUUUCGAAGGGUCCAGAUGAGGUUUCCUUGCAAAGGCACUAAUGAAGUUUUAGCUGAUAAGACACACCAUUAUACCUUACUUGAUGGGGAGAUGAUUAUUGAUACUAUGCCGGAAUCACAGAAGCAGGAGAGAAGAUACCUUAUCUAUGACGUGAUGGCCAUUAACCACAUGUCCGUUGUAGAGAGGCCAUUUUAUGAACGAUGGAAGAUGCUUGAAAAAGAAGUGAUUGAACCUCGGAAUUAUGAAAGGCACCAUAUUUAUCAGAGCAGGAAUCCUUAUUAUAGAUAUGACUUGGAACCCUUCAGGGUCAGAAGAAAGGAUUUCUGGUUGCUUUCUACUGUUACCAAGCUUUUAAAGGAAUUUAUUCCAAAGCUUUCACAUGAUGCAGAUGGUCUUAUUUUCCAGGGCUGGGAUGAUCCCUAUGUUCCGCGCACUCAUGAAGGGCUUCUGAAGUGGAAGUAUCCAGAAUUGAAUUCAGUUGACUUUCUAUUUGAGGUGGAUGCUGAUGAUCGCCAGUUACUUUACCUAAAUGAACGGGGGAAAAAGAAGCUGAUGGAAGGGAAUACAGUUGUAUUCAAAGAUGGUUCAGAUCCCUCUUCAUUCUCGGGGAAAAUCAUCGAGUGUUCUUGGGAUUCAGAUGAACAGGUAUGGGUUUGCAUGCGAGUCCGGACAGAUAAAUCUACGCCAAAUGAGUUUAAUACCUACAGGAAGGUGAUGCGAAGCAUCAAGGACAAUAUAACAGAGGACAUAUUGUUGAAUGAGAUUAACGAGAUCAUUCGCCUGCCCAUGUAUGCUGAUAGGAUAAGAAAUGAUAGUAAAGCUCACCAGCAUACAGCUUCAGCACGCCGCAGGUGAUGGGCAUGUGGUCAGAAUGGUUUUUGACAAAGACCAUUAUGAGUUUUAAGUAAAGGGAGCCAGUGGUGGACUUACUGAUGCCCAUGCGUAGUGAUGUGGUGGUUUAGUUUGGUGAGCAUAUCAUCUGUAGGGUCACACAGAGAUGUUGUGUAAUUAGCAAUAACCUUGUUAUAACCUCAUAGCUUGCACUUUGCUGGUGAGUUUCUAUGGUCCGGUGGGUACGCUCGGGAUAGUUUUCCACAUCAGACCCGAAAUUGUCUUAAAUGAUAGUUGUCUAGAUCAAAGAGAAUUAGGAUUAGGUCACCAUGUAUAUUAUUGUUAUUUCCCCUCCUUUUUUUAUGUAGUGAUUGAUAAGUUAUUUUAAAAAGUUGGCCAUUUUUUAUAAUUAGAACCUUUUGUUACCCUUUUUACGUUCUCUCUCUCAAUGUGAAUAUCCUUUUGGAAAUUGCCAUUCCCUGGCUCUAUGCUUUAUUAUUGUUGUUAUUACUGCUA